AUGAACUGCCAGGCCUUGGACCCACCCGCUGCGUCUGGACACGGCCCGGUCGCGGUCUGUGUGGCCGCUGCUGGUCUGGGCCGCCAACGAAGAGUAGAAACGCCUCGGACAGCAGCCCCGAGGCUGGCGUCCGCUGCCCCUGGCCCCGCUCCCUCCGCUCGCCUGACGCAGGGGCCAGCCUGCCAGUGUCGGAGGAGGGAGCUAGGAGGGGCCUUGUGGCGACUGGGGGCCCCUUCGGGGUGGGGCGGCGACAUUCCUAGUGGCCAGCCCUCUCUGGGGGCAGGACGGGCCCUCGCGGUGCCACGUGUCUGCACGGGAGGGGUGUGCCAUAGCCCCCAGCCUGCACCCUCAGUGCCAGAGCAGAUGGUGCUGCUGGCGGGGGGCCUGCCCAGGGCACUCGGGGUCCUCGCGGGGUGCGCAUCGCCAUGUCUCAGCGCCUCUCUCGGGCCCAGAUCGCAAGGGAACUGGAUUGGGCCUCGGGGGGGGGGGGGUGACCUGAGCAUGUGGGCCUGGGCACCCGAAGUAUUAAUUCUUCCCAGAGGGAGCAGUGUGCCAAGCACCCCAGAGCCGAAGCCUGGCUGGCACGCCAUGGCACCCCCGCCCAGCGCUUCCGGAACCCUGAGGGCCCGGGACCGGAGGGCGGGGACACGGCUGUGUGCCCUAGAGGGUCGGAGACCGCUCUGUGCCAGUGGGGCCUGGUGGUCCGGGCCCCUCCCUCGCCCAUGGUGUGAGGUUUGUUUUUCUCGUUUUCCACCCUGGGGGCUCCAUCCUCCUCCCACUGUGUCAGGUCCCCCCCCAGACGCCCCAGGGCCCGCGCCCCCGAGCGGCGGUGCGGGAGGCUUGCCGGCCGCCAGUGGACCUUCUCCGGUCAUACUUGUAUAUUACACAGUCCUGAUUUCAGACGGUUUCAACCUUAACCUAUUUUAA